CUCCCAGCCCUCCCCCAUUUCUCUAUUCCCGUUUCGAUACUUUGCAACCCAGCCAGCUCGUCUCCCCCUCCUCCCUCCACUCCAGCCCGCCCGAUCCGCGCCGCCCCCACUCCCUCCCCGCCCCCGCGCGCCGCCGCUUCUCGCAUUCGCGCGGCAAGUGCUCUCGCCGUCACCCUUCUGAUCCGCUCUGCUCUUCUGCCAGCGGAACCUGCUGAGCGUUGCCUCGACCCUAUCCGGCUAUCCCUCGCCGCCCCCGCCCUGAUCUCGGUUCCUCCGUCCGUGUUCCCCGCUGCGAUCCGUCCUUUGUUGGCCAGGCAAUUGAUCUCAGCUCCUGAAUGCUGCUAACUUCAGAGACCUCUCUUCGUCGUGGCCCUUGCGGAUUGCUCGCUGCCAUGACCGAGGACGGCGCGUAGUGUCCUCCAUUCUUCCUCUCGCGGCCCCAAAGAUUUCUCCAGCAAUUAGGUCUUGGGGUUGCUGGUGUAUAGCUUGUUUAUUUGGCUCUACGAAGUCUAGACGGCCGAGAGAAUCCCCUGCUAAUGACGGGCUGACGGCAUCAAUUCCUGUGAUGUUUAGUGGCUAGGACACCGUCGUCACUGCUGCUUAUUCUUGUUUAGUUGACCUUGAGCCCUUUUCCUUUCGCCUGCUGGUAUAAAUUGAUUAGCCUGUGGUUGUUGUAAUUUGGGAGAUCACUAGUUUUUCUUUACAUCUUACCCUUGUUCUAUCCGUAGUACUGUAGUAGGUGUUGUUGCCCUUUGCUUCAUUGGCACCUCCCAUGUCCCAAGUGUUCGCCAAUCACUUUUCUGUAGAGCUCUUUACCUUGCUAGAAUAAACAAGGUUUCGCCAGAACUUUGAGACCAGUUGGGCUAAAGAAAGGAAGAGUGGAAGACAGUGUUGGAUACUUUUCGGUAGGGCAUUGUGGUUUCGUGAUGUCUUGUACCUCUCCAGAUCCACCGGACUACUGCUCAGCCGAAUCGCCUGAGCUCAAGCUGUACCAGGCCUUCAUCUUCUCGGUGCCUGUCUUCUUUACAUUCGUCUUGCUUCUCUUCUUCUACCUCUUCUACUUGAGGCGGCGCAGGGCCAAUUGGCAGUCCUUGAGGAUGAGGACAGAUAAUUUGAUACGGGGAGAUAACCCCAGACUGGAGUGUGGUUUGAAGGAGGAGAUGCGGGAAAUGUUGCCGGUGGUUAUCUUCAAAGAGAGUUUCUUGAUCAGGGAGACACAGUGCUCUGUCUGCCUAGCAGACUAUCAACCAGAUGAACGGCUUCAGCGAAUACCUCCUUGUGGCCAUACUUUUCAUAUCAAUUGCAUCGACCAUUGGCUCUCUAAAAACACCACCUGCCCCCUUUGUCGAGUCUCACUCCUUCCAGCUCCCAAAGCAACCAGCACUGACCUGGAUUUGGAAGCACAAACUGCCGUAGAGGAAUCUCUGAAUGUACACCAUCAGGAGGGCCUUGCUGACGGUAACACACCACAAGAAGAUCAGGCGAGCGAAGAAGGUGGAGCUGGUGGCAGUCAGGCUGAAGAACCACGUAGCGACAUGAUCGAAUCGUUGACGGUCAGGGUAGUCGUUGAGCCUCAAGCUGAUGCUGAAGGGUCACCGAGCACAACCUGUCGUUGAGCCUCAAGCUGAUGCUGAAGGGUCACCGAGCACAACCUGCCAGCCCAUCAAAGCAAAGAAAUAAGGACGACCAUUGAUAUAUUUCUUGUAACAUUGUAUGUUUAGCUGAUCAGGAAGGAUAAACACAGAAAGAUCACCAUUAUGCUGUACUACCCAUUUUCCAGGAAAAAGGAAAAGUUCAGUGCUGGAGAAAUAUUUACUGAUACAUAAUUAACAUAACCGAAAUAGUACUAGUGAUCUGUUUUUCAUUUGGUAAACCAUACUGGUGUUGUAAGCUUACAAUCCUCGAACACCCUUAGGAUUGUUUGGCUAUAAGACAUGCUUAUUGGAA